UAAUUUCAAUCCAAGUUCCUCUCUCUUCUCGCAGCCCAGGUCAAAUAAUUUCUCCCCAAUUCCUCCCACGCUCUCUAUCCCUAGAUUUGGGUUCUUCUUCGAUCUAAGAACUCAAAAGUAUUCAUACGCACGUACAUACGAUUGCGUUGAACGAGAUGGACGGAAGUCAACCCUACAACCCUCGAACUGUCGAAGAGGUUUUUAGAGAUUUCAAGAGUCGAAGAGCUGGCAUCAUUAAAGCUCUUACCACUGAUGUUGAAGAAUUUUAUCAGCAGUGUGACCCUGAAAAGGAAAACCUAUGUCUAUACGGAUUUCCUAAUGAGCAGUGGGAAGUCAAUUUGCCUGCUGAAGAGGUCCCUCCGGAGCUUCCAGAACCUGCACUGGGAAUUAACUUUGCUAGAGAUGGCAUGCCAGAGAAGGACUGGCUAGCUUUAGUUGCUGUACAUGGUGAUGCCUGGCUUCUGGCCGUGGCCUUCUAUUUUGGGGCAAGAUUUGGAUUUGACAAAGCUGAUAGGAAACGCCUUUUUAACAUGAUAAAUGAUCUUCCAACAAUUUUCGAAGUUGUGUCAGGGGCAGCUAAGAAGCAAGUGAAGGAGAAAUCAUCGGUAUCAAACCACAGCAGCAGCAAAUCAAAGUCAAACUCUAAGGCUAAAGGCCCUGAACCACAGCCUAAAUUUCCAAAAGCGUCAGUAGCAUCGAAAGAUGAUGAUKAUGAAGAGGGAUUGGAUGAGGAAGAUGAGGAGGAGCAUGGGGAUACAUUAUGUGGUUCAUGUGGAGAGAACUAUGCAUCUGAUGAGUUUUGGAUCUGUUGUGAUAUUUGUGAGAAGUGGUUUCAUGGAUCAUGCGUCAAGAUAACUCCAGCUAGAGCCGAGCAUAUCAAGCAGUACAAAUGCCCGGCUUGUACCAACAAGAGAGCACGCCCUUGAUUCAUUCAUCGUUUCACUGGUAAGCCAUGCAAUCUAGAAUCCUUAAGUCGUUUGUUUUUAUCCAACUAAUCGAUAUUUAGUUGUUUGUUCUGGACAAAAUGGAACUCAAACCAGUGCUAGAUAUGCGUUGUAGGCUUUAUUUCAUUCAAAUUAGUGACAGGCCUUAAUUUUAGCUUCAAGUAGAAUUCUCAUGUGCAAGAAACUUUCUUUUUCUUUCUUAUAAUGGAAGAUUGGAUUUUAUUUCU